UGGUCUGGGGCCAAGGGGAGGGCCAUACCGAAGACUCGGGGCAGCCUUUGUCCCAGGAGCGGGGCCCCACACUCCAGGUUGGAGGAGGAAUGGCCUACAAAGCCAAGGCCAUUGUAGGUCUCCUGGCAGCCACCUGUGCCUUCAGCAUCAUUGCCCUCAUUCUGAGUGUCGUGAAUGUGAAGGAUGUGAUUCUGCCUCCCAGCAACAAGUAUGGCCUGGUGUUUGAUGCCGGCUCCACGCACACAGCUCUCUACAUCUACCAGUGGCCCGCAGACAAGGAGAAUGGCACCGGCAUCGUCUCCCAGGUGGAGGCCUGCAAGGUGUCCGGACCCGGCAUCUCCAGCUACGCAGACAACCCGGCUGGGGCUGGAGCCAGCCUGAAGACCUGCCUGGACAAGGCCAUGAAGAUCAUCCCGGCAAAGCAGCAGCGGGAGACGCCCACCUACCUGGGGGCCACAGCGGGCAUGCGGCUGCUGAGGGACCAGAACAGCACCAAGGCCGAGCAGGUCUUUGCUGAGGUGGCCAAGGCCAUUGGCGAGUACCCCGUGGACUUCCGCGGAGCUCAGAUCCUCACGGGGAACGAGGAGGGCUCCUUUGGCUGGAUCACUGUCAACUACCUGCUGGAGACGCUCGUCAAGUUUUCCUUUGCAGGGCAAUGGGAACAUCCACGCGACACUGAGGUUCUGGGAGCUCUGGACCUUGGAGGCGCCUCGACACAAAUAACCUUCCAGCCUGGAGUCACCAUUGAGGACAAGAACACCUCCAUCUUCUACAGGCUAUACGGCACCAACUAUUUGCUCUACACCCACAGCUACCUCUGCUACGGGCAGACGCAGGCCUUGAAGAAGCUGCUGGCAGCUCUCCACCAGGGCAGCCCAUCUGCCCCGCAGAUAUCGCACCCCUGCUACCCCAAGGGAUACCAGGAGAACAUCACCACAGCAGACCUCUACGACAGUCCCUGUGUCCAGGCACCGAGCACGCGCAGCCCUGCACAGAUCCUCACAGUGACGGGGACAGGGGACCCAGCAGCGUGCAGCGCCGCCAUCCAGAAACUCUUCAACUUCACCUGUGGGGCCAACAGGACGUGCGGGUUCAACGGGGUUUAUCAGCCACCUGUGCGGGGACAGUUCUUUGCCUUCGCUGGGUUCUACCACACCUUCCGCUUCCUGAACCUGACUGGCCAGCAGUCUCUAAGCGAUGUCAUCUCCACAGUCCAGACCUUCUGCAAGAAGAACUGGAGAGAGCUGGAGGAGGCCUUCCCGCAGGACAAGUACCUACACAUAUACUGCUCUGUGGCGAAUUACAUCUUGACGCUGCUGCUCGAUGGCUACAAGUUCAAUGAGCACACAUGGAGCAACAUCCACUUCAGCCGGCAGGCAGCAAACACAGACAUCGGCUGGACGCUGGGCUUCAUGCUGAACUACACCAACAUGAUCCCCACAGAGGCUCUGGAACACGUCAAGGGGCACCAGCCUAGUCUGUGGGCAGGUGCUGUGUCCUUCAUUGUGCUGGCCAUGGUGGCAGGCCUGGUGGCUGUUUUCCUCCAGUGUUUCUGGAAAACCAAGUAGCUCCCAGCCUCCUGACUAGAGGCAUCUUGCCCACUAAACCAGGCAGGGAAGUGGUGCAAAAGAAGGUGCAGAUGAAUGAGGGCAUUAGAUCCAUCUCCAUUGCUCAGGAGGUCUAAUUGGGUCACCUCUGUAAAGAUGUCAAAGUUGACAAAAAUGUCUUGAGGUCUCUAAGUAUCUCCAAGAGGAAAAGACUCCUUUAAUUUGGCUGACAAAAGCUGACUGAUGCUUGGUGACUAGAUGAAGCCAGAUAAAUUCCAACUAGAAGUAAAAUCCUUUUUGUUUUUCCAAUCCAAAAGUCACUGACCAGCCUAGCACAGUUUCCUUGGCACUUCCUGUCCUGCUGGGCUGCUCUCCUGACAGCCGUGGGGGGCAAUCAGCCAUGGCGAGCAGUGGUGGCCACCUAACAUCUGAGGAGAGGGGUGACCUUAUCUGUAUCUUGCCCUGUGCAAGAUAUGCAAGAUUUCUGUAGUAUGUGACAGAAUAUCUUCCCAAAGACACUGGGAGCUGUCUUUAAAAAUAUUUACUGGCAUAUCUCAGCAGAAAAAUACAAGUGGAAGUUGAUUUAAGAGCUGCCAACUUUGGCUCGGGGUUUUUUUUUAUAUUCAAGUUACAUAGCUCAGCCUUGUCAGACACCAAAUGCAUAGCAAGUUCCAGCUCCAAGCACUUGAGUGUUUUAUGUAGAUCAGCAGAGCCCAGUCCAGCUCAGCUGCAGGACCGGACAGUAAUUUCAGUCCUCCCAGCUCCAGCCACCAGCCCAGUGCCGCACUGCCCAGCCAGCCCUCAUCCCAGCCCCUUCAAGGCUCUGCCAAAGCCCAGGGCUGGUCUGAGCAGGGCUAUUUCCACAGCUACCUCUCUGCUGUGCUACAAGACCCCUGCCCACACAGCAUGAGGCAGUAACAUUCAGGCAGGACUUAAGAGCUUACGAAAAGAACUGAAGGCAUCUGGGCUGAGAAAUGCUCAGAGCCCUUUGGCUCUGGCAGAUCCAUGGCAUAUUUGCUGCGGAAGAUGAUACAUGGUGGUCCUAAUCCAAGGUGUUCUCCCACAUACCCCACUGCAAACUGGUUAUGAAAGCCUUCCAAAAGAA